GGCGGAGAAGGGGUGGCCUGGACCACUUUCCCGCGAGCGAGGACCCAGCGCGGCCUUCGAGAAGCCGAAGGGCAAGCUCGGGCAGCUCCCCAGAGGCUCUCGCGGUGAUAAAACUUGAGACAAAACAAGGAGGGGCGGCUCGGCGUCUCCUGAGUCCAAUCCUGGCUCAGGAGUGCACACGCUCUCGGGCAGGCAAGCCUGAAAGAGGCCGGGGCGACUUAACGAGCAGCCGAGAGAAGCGCACCUUCCGCGCCGCUGCACGUCGGCGGGCUCUGGUCUCUCGCAUCCCGCUUGGUGCUGCGUCCUCCGCCCCGGCCCCGCGCCCCCAUGGCCACCGCCGGGCCCCGGAGCUGCCUGCGCGGAGCCCUCUGCAAACAACUGCUGCUGACCCUUGUGGUCUUCAGUUUUGCUUGUGAAGCCUGCAAAAAGGUGAUAUUUAAUAUACCUUCCAAACUAGAGGCAGACAAAAUUGUUGGCAGAGUUAAUUUGAAAGAGUGCCUCAGGUCUGCAGACCAAAUCCAGUCCAGUGAUCCUGAUUUCAGAGUUCUAGAAGAUGGGUCAGUAUACACAACCCACGCUGUUGUGUUGUCUGAUGAGAAAAGAUCUUUCACCAUACGGCUUUCUGACUCAAAGAAACAGACACACAAAGAGAUUCCUGUGCUCCUGGAACAUCAGAAGAAGGUACUGAGGAAAAGACACACUAAAGAGACUGUUCUCAGGCGUUCCAAGAGGAGAUGGGCACCCAUUCCCUGCUCAAUGCAAGAGAAUUCCCUGGGCCCUUUCCCUUUGUUCCUUCAACAAGUUCAAUCUGAUGCGGCCCAGAACUACACCAUCUUCUACUCAAUAAGUGGGCGUGGAGUUGACCAACAACCUUUAAAUUUGUUUUUCAUAGAAAAAGAUACUGGAAAUCUGUAUUGUACCCGGCCUGUGGAUCGUGAAGAAUAUGAUGUUUUUGAUCUUAUUGCCUAUGCGUCAACUGCCGAUGGGUAUUCUGCAGACUUACCUCUUCCACUGCCCAUCAGAGUGGAGGAUGAAAAUGACAACUACCCUGUUUUCACAGAAGCAAUUUUUAAUUUUGAAGUUCCAGAAAGCAGUAGAAUUGGUACUACAGUGGGAGUGGUUUGUGCCACGGACAGAGAUGAACCAGACACGAUGCACACGCGCCUGAAGUAUAGCAUCUUGGAGCAGACGCCAAGAUCACCGGGGCUCUUUUCUGUGCAUCCCAGCACAGGCGCAAUCACCAUAGUCUCUCAUUAUUUGGACAGAGAGGUUGUAGACAAGUACACAUUGAAAAUGAAAGUACAAGAUAUGGAUGGUCAGUUUUUUGGAUUGAUGAACACAGCGACUUGCAUCAUAACAGUAAAAGAUUCAAAUGACAAUUUACCCACUUUCAGACAAAAUGCUUAUGAAGCAUCAGUAGAGGAAAAUACAGUCAAUGUGGAAAUCUUACGAAUACCUAUAGAAGAUAAGGAUUUAAUUAACACUGCCAAUUGGAGAGCCAAUUUUACUAUUUUAAAGGGCAAUGAAAAUGGACAUUUCAAAAUCAGUACAGACAAAGAAACUAAUGAAGGUGUUCUCUGUGUUGUAAAGCCACUGAAUUAUGAAGAAAACCGUCAAGUGGUCCUGGAAAUCGGAGUAAGCAAUGAAGCUCCCUUAGCGAGAGAUGUUGCACUCAGAAUGACCACCAUGAACAGGGCCGUGGUCACAGUUCACGUGAAGGAUCAGGACGAAGGGCCUGAGUGCAUGCCUGCCGUCCAAUAUGUACGGAUUAAAGAAAACUCCCCAGUGGGGUCAAAGAUCAAUGGCUAUAAGGCGUAUGACCCUGAAAGUAGAAGUAGCAGUGGUUUAAGGUACAGAAUAUUGCAUGAUCCUAAAGGGUGGAUCACCAUUAAUGAAAUUUCAGGCUCAAUUGAAACUUCCAAAAUCUUGGACAGGGAGGCCACAACUUCCAGAAGUGACUUGUAUAAUGUUACAGUCCUGGCAAUAGAUCAAGAUGGUAGAUCAUGUACUGGAACCCUUGCAGUUAACAUUGAAGAUGUGAAUGAUAAUCCACCGAGAAUAAUUCAAGAUUAUCUAGUAAUUUGCAAACCGAGGAUGGAGUAUGUUGACGUUUUAGCUGUUGAUCCUGACGAGCCCAUCCACGGUGCUCCAUUUUACUUCGACUUGGCAAACACGUCUCCAGAAAUCAACCGACUGUGGACCCUCACCAGAGUUAAUGAUACAGCUGCCCGUCUUUCAUAUCAGAAAAACGCCAAAUUCCAAGAAUAUUAUAUUCCUGUUACUGUAAAAGAUAGAGCAGGUCAAUCUACAACAAAAACCUUGAGAGUGAACCUCUGUGACUGUAUUCAUCCAGGUCAAUGUCGCGCCACUGCACGGAGUACAGGAGGGACACUUGGCAAGUGGGCGAUCCUUGCGAUACUUCUGGGUGUAGCAUUACUUUUCUCUAUACUGCUAACUUUAGUAUGUGGACUUGUUAGCGCCAGAAAUAGAAAAGGUUUUCCUGAAGAUGUGGCACAGCAAAACUUAAUCAUAUCAAACACAGAAGCACCUGGAGAUGAUAAGGUGUGUUCUGCCAAUGGGUUUAUGACCCAUACAGUCAACAACUCUAGCCAAGGCUUUUGUGGUACUGUGGGAUCAGGAGUCAAAACUGGAGGGCAGGAAACCAUUGAAAUGGUAAAAGGAGGACACCAGACCUUGGAAUCGUGCCGGGGGGCCGGGCACCAUCACACCCUAGAGUCCUGCAGAGCAGGCACCGCGGAGGUGGACAACUCCAGGCACACGUACUCGGAGUGGUGCGGUUUCACUCAGUCCCGCCUUGGUGAAAAAUUGCAUGUGUGUAAUCAGGAUGAAGACCUCAUGCCAUCCCAAGAUUAUGUUCUUUCGUAUAACUAUGAAGGAAGAGGGUCUCCAGCUGGUUCUGUAGGUUGCUGCAGUGAAAAACAGGAAGAAGAUAGCCUUGACUUUUUAAAUAAUUUGGAAACCAAAUUUACUGCCUUAGCAGAAACAUGCACAAAGAAAUAAUGUUACAGUGCUACAAUUAGACAUGUCUUUGUCAGACAUUCUGGAGGUAUCCAAAAGGGAUACUGUAAAAUUCAAUUUAUAUCUAGAUAUCUAGAUAUAUAUGAAUAUGAAUAUGUAUGAACUUUUCUAAAUUUUUUGAAUUAUGUACCAAUUUGUAGUUUAAAGCAAUUUGUUACUUAUCUUUUCAGGAAGUUUAAAAUGUUAAUACAGAUUUUGCCUCUUUUACUGCUGAGUAAAUAGACAACCAACAAAUCUCAUGCUAUAGCACUGGAAUUAAGGUCUAUAAAGGAUCUCCUCUUCUUUACAGAUAUUUUCCCAAUAGAUACAUUGACUAAAUAUUAGUCCAAGAAUAGAAGCUGUACUUGAUUGAAUAUAGAAGAACAGCUUUUGGGCUAGAAAUUCCAUUCUUGUUCCAGAUUUAGAUAAAAGUGGAAUAUUAAUCAUUAUGGUAAAUUAUGUUGGAUUUUUUAGCUCUAAAAAAUCAGUAGCACCUGGUCUUUUCUUCUGACAGCUACUAGAAUUUUGUUUUCCUUUUGGGUACCAGUUAGAUCAGGAAGAACAGUUCUAGCUACUCAAUUGCCCUAAUAAGUUCUCAAAAACACAGAGCCACAACAUGAAAACUGCACCAGGAAGGUGUAAACCCAAAAAAGUGUUUUUGUACUUUUGAAAAUGUGUUUUAUAGUUUACAAAAGGAUUGUUAUGAGGAAUAUGUCUGUUUCCUUAAUCUCAAGAAACAAAACUAUUUUCACCAUACAGAGAGUUAUUGCCAAUAGUUAAUGAAAAAUACUAAAGGGCUUCUAUUGAGAUUGUUAUUACAAAUCUUUUUCCUGAGAUUCAGAACUACUAUUGAUAACUUGCCAGUAAUGAAAAUUAUGCUGAGAAAAAGUUGCUUUUCUUCUCUUGAGAAUUGUACUCUCGUAUUUUCAUUUGCAGGUUUAGCACACGUGGCUCUUUAUUUCCUCUCGACAGUAGUCAUCUGCAAUUAGAAUAUCUUAUCCUUAGAUGGACUAUAGUUAUGUCAUAGAGUCAGUCUGAAGAAACAGAAUCCCUCCAUAGUUAUGGGUAGCAAUGAGUGUUUACCAUGCAUUUCUAUUCACUACCAUUUUCAAAUAAAAUACAUUAUUUCUUAUUAAAGCAGGUAAAUAUUACACAACGCUAGAAAGAAUCAAACCAAUGUAGGGGAACUUAAACCUUAGGUGCAAUUUAACAUCUUCCAAGAUGUAGCUUAAAUUUAGUGCUUCUCAAAGUCAUUUAUGUGCUAGAGCCUCUGGAAGGCCUUGCAAAAUUCCCCAAGCAAUGGCAUUUAAACUUAAAAUAAUUAACAUCUAAUCUUAUGAUAAACCUAAUAUCACAUUAUUGUAUACUCACUUCAAAUGGUAAUUUAAAAAAUAGACAACAAAUAAUAGGUGUCACUAUUAAAGUUGUGAUUUUGAAAGAAAAAUAAUUGAUUAAAUUAAUUUUAAAAUUUUGUAGCUAUGAAGAAUUGGGACCUGCCCCCCACCCCUGUAAAAAAAACAAUUCUUUAUUUGACUUUGGAGGCAGAAUUUGUUGAGCUAGCACAUGAAGUGGCAAUGUCCUAUAGGAAUACAGUUUGAACUAUAUAUAUGUGUGUGUGUGUGUGUAUAUAUAUAUUGUAUAUAUAUACAAUUUUAUAUAUAUACAAUAUAUAAUUUUAUAUAUAUACAUACACACACGUAUAUAUACACACAUACAUAUUAGUGGUUUAUUAUAUAUAUAACCAUUAAUCAAUGCAACAUUUAAAACAAAGUGAAAAACAAAGGGGAAGAUAUUAAUUUUAAAUGAGGCUGGGGUGUGGUAUGUCCUAUAAUAGAAAUCCAGGAUUUAAAAAAGAGAGAGAACUUAAAUGUUUGGUUCUUAGGUGCUGCAUGAUAAGUAAUCAGAUCAGGAAAUAGUUCAUGUACAUUUAUGUAAUUUGUUUAAAAUUAUAUAUAGCUAAUUAAACUUUUCUGGUUUCAGUGAAAAGGAAAGAGGGGAUCAGGUGGAACAGUAGAUAUGCUUAGCAGGCUCUUUCUGCAUCUACAAACUGGGAGCAAACUGGUGACUGGCUGUCACAGUUAGGGCUCCCGGACUUACAGUGGCAGGUUUCCAGAGAUGAAAUGUUUUUCUUGGAGCUAAUACUAAAAACUUCUUUUAACCUAAUUCUAGUAAAAAUAAAUCUAUCACCAUUUUCUUUGUCUCUCCUACCAAUCGACAUUUAAAAAAUUUAGAGCCAAAUAACCAUGUUCUCCAGGUCAGAUUUUAAAGGAUAAAGGGAGCUGGCUGGGGGGUGAAUCUUACAAAACUGAGGCAUGACUGACCCAAGACCCCAAACCCGUCACCUUUGCACUGUAUUCUAAUCGGAGUCUGGAAACUAUAAAAUGUCAUUUUCCUGCUCACUGCCCUGUUUUAAAGAGACAUAGAUGUGAUUCAAGGAAAUCAGCCCUCCCAUCAGGCCCUCUUUCUUUAAUCUCUCUCCCAACCUUGUCAAUAACAAUUCGUUGGCAAAUACUCCAGGCUGUCAAUCACCCUCCAGUAUGAAUUACUUUUUAUGAGUUUACUUUCUUACGAGGAUUUUUAAAAUAAUAGAAGAAUUAAGAAUUUUGAAUUCAUAAAAGAAAAAUAUUGUGUAGUCAUUUGGGGACACCUGGAACUCUGGGAGAGGGUAAACCCAAGUGGGGUAUUUGCAUGGUCAAAGAGCAACAUGAAAACCCAGGCCUUCAAAGGCAAAGAGGGAGGCCACUGAAGGGAUAUGAAAAAUAAAAAAGGGACAUGAGUAGUAAUAAAAGCAACAUUGCUUCUUAAUUUGUCCUAGGCCAGGCCCUUCCUUUUCCUUCUUUUCUCAGGCCAGUGGCAGCUGCCAUUUGAUUUUGGUGGUGUCACUGACCCUUUCUCUGUGCCUCACCUUAUUUGGAGUGUGGAAUUGAGAAGAGAGCUGACUGCUUGCUGAGUCUAAAGGCAUUUUCAGGAUGGGCCUGAACUGGUUGUGUGGGACAAACCAUGCACUCACGGGGAAUGCUGGAUUCCUUAUGCAGUCCUCUGGGCACUGAGACAGAAGGUCUCCAGUUAAACGAGUAUCUGAAGUUUCUGUUUGAUGCUCCACUUUCUGUUUUCUAAUUUGCCCUGAAACCUAGCUUUUUAGAUGGAGACAUUUUAAAGAAUAAUUUUCCUUUUAAAGACUUCUUAUUUUUAAUGUAAACAUUUUUUAACAUAUAGUAUUCUUUCCUUAUAUGUGUUAAGAUGAAAAUUAUGCUAUUUUAGUGUGAAAGAAAAUAUCUUUAUGAAGCUUUCCUUUUUCUUCCAGUGAAUGUUCUUGAAUUUUUACAUAAAUGUAGUUUUUUCUUAUUUUUGUAAGGAAGCUGCUAACUAUCUGUCUAAAAUACAGUGAGGUUUUGCAACAUUUUUAACAGCUUUAAUUUUGCUAAGUUAAUUUGCUUUUGGAGAAACUGGGCAGGUUAAAGUAAGCAAAAAUUUAAUGUGUAAAGCAAUAUUUACAGGUGGGGUGGGAUGUAAUAAAACAAUGUUAACUUGA